CAGACACCUAAACAACUUUUAUACGGGUAGCUAAACAGUCGUGACCUUGUCGAAGACGUGGUGAAGUGAGGCGGGCCGUUUUCAGCGCUCUUUGGUGUGACAACGAGAGAGGAUGGCGCUAGAAGCCUGUUAUGUCUGGCCCUACCUGGCUGCCUCCAAGGACUCUGGGUAGUCCAGAGCGACCUGCAGCACAGAUGUCGCACUCUGGUCCUGCUUACUACAGACCACCGAAGAAGGGUCCAUCAGACCAGAGGCCCAAAUAUGGUGUUUAUGACCAAAAUGGAGUAGCAGGUGGAAACGGUGUACCUACAAGAUACAUGGCCACUGGACCCUCAGGUGGAAGCAUGCAUCACCAGCACCCGGAUGACCAUCCAGGGCCAUCCCCCUACCACCCCAAAUCAGGAGAGCACUACUAUCCCCAAGCGGAUGGACCCAAAGAUAACCACCUCGCAUGGAGUCCACACAUGGCCAGCUAUGAUCACCAUGCUCGAGGCUCAGAUAAGCAUAUAUCUAGUAUUGAUGCAGAGAUAGACUCUCUCACCUGCAUGUUAGCUGACCUGGACAGCCACCCUCAGAACUCAAGCACACAGCUAUACGAUAAUGUGCCUUACAACAAGCACCUCCCCAGUGAUCGAUACAAGCCCUCUGGCCAGACUAUAACACAAUCCCAGGCCAGACCGUCCAUGGGCUAUCCUCCUCAUCCUCAGAGUCAGUACCAUCCCUCUCCUCCUUACGCUGCCACUCCACAGCCUGACUAUGCCUAUCCAUCCCCUUCUUCCUCCACCCAUAAACCGUACCCCCAACCUGUGCCUGCCUCCUACACCACUGCCUCCACCCCGACUGGGCCACGUUUCAGCGUGCAGGUCAAAACAGCCCAGCCUGUGACCUACUCUCAGAGCGGGCGGCAGGCGGAACAGGCCUACACUCCACCUGCUCCUCGACAAAUCGCUUCUCGUCCUGCUCAACAAGACCGCACGUAUUACCCAGAAGCACAAGGGCAGGCACAGGGCUGGUACCCGCCACCGCCCCCUCCAGCCCAGGAGGCCCAUGGUGACCCAGCAGCAUACAAAGGGGGAACAAGUCAGGUUCAAGCAUCCAGCCGAGUGCAGGGACCACCAGGCAAAAAAGGACAAGAACAGGGUACUGCAUACCAGCCUAGCAAGGGGCCAGUGCCGAGGCCUGAGGAGGAGUUGGAUCGACUCACUAAGAAGUUGGUGUAUGACAUGAAUCAUCCCCCUGCUGAGGAAUAUUUUGGUCGCUGUGCGAGGUGUGGGGAUAAUGUGCUCGGUGAUGGCAGUGGCUGUAUCGCUAUGGAGCAGGUUUUCCAUGUGGAGUGUUUUACGUGCAUCACCUGCCAUGCUCGACUUAGAGGCCAGCCUUUCUAUGCACUGGACAAAAAGAGCUACUGUGAGAGCUGUUACAUUAGCACACUGGAACGCUGCUCGAAGUGCUCAAACCCAAUCCUAGACCGCAUCCUGCGGGCGAUGGGGAAAGCCUACCAUCCACGCUGCUUCAACUGUGUGGUUUGUGGCUGCUGCCUGGAUGGGGUGCCCUUUACUGUGGAUGCCACCUCCCAGAUCCAUUGCAUUGACGACUUCCACAGGAAGUUUGCCCCACGUUGUUCUGUGUGUUGCCAGCCCAUAAUGCCUGAGCCAGGCCAGGAGGAAACUGUGAGGAUUGUGGCUUUGGACCGCAGUUUCCAUGUUAAUUGCUACGUAUGUGAGGAGUGCGGAUUGCUUCUUUCAUCUGAAGGGGAAGGCAGAGGAUGCUACCCUCUGGACGGCCACAUUCUGUGCAAGAGCUGCAGUGCUCGACGAAUCCAAGACCUUUCUGCCAAAAUCUCCACUGACUGCUAACAAGUCUCAGCCCAAACAACAGUCAGCUUUUACUCCCAUUUCAUUUCUCCAUCCCACUCCUCUGCUUUUUAUUGGUGUGUCUGUAAGGGUUUUUCACACAAUCCACCAAACUACCACUCACUCCCUCCGCCUUUCUAUUAGCAUAAACCAGGUAAUCCAUUGAAUUAAAUAAUGAAUUAAAUAAUGAAUAGCUGAAUUCCACAUACUCAGGGUUUACAGUUGUAGUCAUGAAUAAGAAUGAAGUCCAGGUUCCUGUGUACGGGACGUUUUAAUGAAGCAGAUGGUGAGUUUACAGUGGAGAUAAAUAUAACCUUUGUAUAUCCCCAGCAGAGUGUGUGUGUGUGUUCGUGUGUGUGUGUGUUCGUGUGUGUGUGUGAGCAUGUGUGAGUGCACAUGUAUGCUUGUUCAUGUGUGUUUUCUCAUGUUUUCUGAACAGGGUUAGUGCUUGAUCAGGGUACUUUUUGUACUUUCUAGUAAAGAGUCACUGCCGCUGAAAACGUAAUACAAAUCUCUCUAUUUUUGUUGAUAAUAUUCAGUAAUAUUUUUUUUAAUCAAAUGUGCUAGCAUUUAAAUUUCACUGGAUAAUGCCUUUGCUGACUUUAUUCUGCAUAUCCUGUGAUUCAUAUAUUUGCCAGAAUUGUGUGAAACUCCCUUUCUGCACGUUGAUGGGGGAUCACACUUCCAAAUAAUAUGUUGGCCAAAAAAUUGAGACAUCUUAAAUAAUCUUAAAAAUAGGCAAUAUGAUUACUGUUCUAGUCAAUAUUUCUUUGUGUUUGUUGUAAGAAUAUUACAGAUUAUUAAAUUUCCUUGUGACUUGAUCUUAGAAUUAUUACUUGAAUCAAACAAAAGAUGCUGGCUUACUGUAAGUACGAUGAAAUAUAGAGAUGCACAAUCCCAGCAAAAUAGAACGGUACAGUCGUAUGCAAAAAUUAUUUCUCUUUUCUUGUGAAAAUAAGUGAACCUCCCCAGCGACAAGGGUCAGCACAGUGUUGUGAUGUUCCUGCUGAAGCAGACUUGUUUUGCCAGGUUUUGGUCUUGGUGUGUUUUUUUUAAACUGUGCUGAAUUAUGGCUCUCCGUCCUGGACAUUUUAAUUUUAUUUAAGAUAUUUGUUUUUUUUGUUUUUUUUUUUGGUUUGUUUUUUUUGUACCAGGGGUGGCCAUGCUUUUGCAUUCGACUGUAACUGAGUGAAAAUAAUUUAUUUGACUGAUAAUUUGAACUGGCCAAUAUAUUUAAUAUUUAUUGGUCUAUAAAAUAUCUGCAUUUGUUCAAUCCUUGUAUCCCUACUAGAAAUAGGUUGAAUAAUCUUGUAAUGUUCUUACAACACAUUGCUGCAUAUAUUGCACUCAUGUUGUCUGAGUUUGUGAACAUAGAAGUAAUGUCUAUAUUUAAGAACCUGUAAGAUAUACUUGACAUUUUGCUCGUCCAACUGAAAGGUCCUUUAUCCUUAGUGCUCCCUGUGGAGUGUCUGUUACUCUUUAACACUAACCUCAGAUCUUCCCUGCUAGCCUCAGCAGGAGAUGUUUGAACAUAUCAGUGAACAAUAAUUUUUAUAGUGCUUGAUUUGGACUUUAUUAAUACCUAAGAUUUAAGCUUGAAUUUCGAUUGUAAAGAUGGUGACAUAUAAUUCCAGCCUGUUCUACAUAUCGUGCUGUAGUCUCUGUGUCAGGCUGAAGAGGAGAAAGAGGAGAUAGAUUUGCUCUUUGUCUGUGUGCUCUGUGUUGAUUUGGAGCUCAAUUCUACCAUUAAACACUAAAAUGAACCACCUCGGAUCAGUGUCAGGGGGCACCAUGUUCCAACACAGCUAAAUGAAGGAAGUGUUUUGAGAGUUACAUAUGAAUUAUCUGUGGAGCAUGGUAAGAUGGUAUGCUCUGUUAGGUCAUGCAGGUUGAUGUGAAUAUGAAGUAUUAUCUUCUGUGAGGAAGAGUUGCUGUAAAUGGAUGAUGUAGUAGUGUGUAGUGAAGUGAGUUGUGAGGGAAAUGCUAAAAUAUAUAUAUUUAGUGAGUUAAGAAGAUCUGGGUAAUCUGGGCACAAAUAAUUGCCAAAACAAACAGCCAUUCACACCUGAUGUUUUUUAAUGUGUCUUUGAUUGAUCAGAUUUUUUACAUCAUUUUGGGAGAGGGUGUAAAACCAGAGGCUGGUUAUGAUGAGUCCUCUAGUUUUCUUUCAGACCAAAUUGAGACAGGCAGCUUCAUCUUAGCUUGCGCACCAGCCACAAGUAUUUUUUCUUUUUUUCAUAAACUGUAACUCUACUAUGCUUGUGAGGCAAUUAUGUGGUUAACAUAGGUGUGCUUUGCUGUCAGAGACACAUCAAGAUGCUUUAGUGUUCACACUAUAGUAAUAAUGUGGUCAUACACUCCAAAUGUGGUUUGAGUGAUUGGUCCUCAAUAUGCAGAGUAUCCUAUUCAAACAAAGUGAUUAGAUCACUCAGGACGCAUGUUAUAAUGCCAGGUGUGAGUGGGGGCUCAGGCUAAGUCUGCGUGUAUCCUGAUAUUUUAAAAAAAAAUUGUUUUUGUUUGAGUUUUGGCCUCAACUGAAAUUUUUUUGAAAUCGCUCUAAAGUAGUUCUGGCUGAAUCUCAAAUAUCUCUUUGCUCCCUAUACAGUGAACUAUGUAAGUCAUGAAACUACAAUGUCUACAAAGAGAUAUCAGUAGAUUUCAUAUCAAUCAUCUAACAUUAAUAAAUGUAAAUACUGUACUAUUACAAAUACUGUAUAUAAUGCCUGUUUGUUUCCCUGCAAUGGAUUGGCGGCCUGUUGACGGGUAUUGACAAUAGAUGGCUGGAUGGAUGCUUGUUUUAGAUUUCCACUCUGUAAUUUCAUGAUUUGCAUUAGUAAACUAUAUAAGGAGUAUUGUGAUUUAGGACUAAACCGCUAUGUUUCCUUCCAUCUUUGGGGUGUUUUGACAAUCUCUAUUCAUGAGGUAGCAUCACCCCAUACAGGGCGAGCAUGCUCAUGCAAGCGUUUUGGUCUCUGAGUGGGUGAAAGAAAAAGAAAAACAAAGGGAAGGAAAUCUUAGUUUUUAACAAUAUCUGGCUACAUGCUGACAGGGCCUCAGGUAGACUGUGAUUAGUGAGGUAGAGAUUUGCAGCAGUCAGGACAGAGAACUUCGAACUUACAUUUUGGAACAUUGGUACUUUAUCGAAGUGGGUUUUGUGGUUUCUGGUUAAGAUUUAUAUUUACCCCUAUUUGCAAAAAUGUGGGCAUGCUAGAAAUUGUCUACAGUAAACACAAUCCACUAUUACCAUUCAUAUGUGUAAUUUAACACAUUUAUGGGGAAACCUACCUUAAAAUAAUAUUAUGGUGCAUAUAUAUAUAUAUAUAUAUAUAUAUAUAUAUAUAUAUAUAUAUAUAUAUAUAUAUAUAUAUAUAUUCCCUCAAUGUGUUAAAUUUACCAAACAUAUUUUUAAAUUUCUUGAAAUUUGGUUGCUGUUGGAAGAUUUUACAGUAAAAGUGAACAGGGUGUUCAAAUUUUUGCAUAUCACUUUUUAUACAUUGAUGAAACAAAACAUUAAGACACUUUAUUGUUCUGUAACAACUGUGAAUGUCAUACCUGGGAUGUUAUUUUAUAAUAGGGCUUGUAGAUCUCGCCAGGUCAGCUGUGGUGUUCAUCCCAUUUACGCAGAACUGACAGAUAUGUGGCACAUGCUUUUAAAUGUUUAAUGGUGCUUACAUGAGGAACACUCCUCCACACAGUGCAUCAACCCUACUGUGCAGCUACAGACCAUUCAGAAUGCCCACAUAUUUAACACCUGUCCACUAUCAGAAGGAAUAGGCAUUGUUGGCCUUAAUGUUUUGGCUCAUCAGUGUAUAUAAAGUAUUAAAUCUAUAUGUCACAGGAUAUAAUUGUACAUCCAGGAGGGCAACAAAUGUGUGGAAUGUAAUGAUGUUUCAUGAGGGAUAUGGGUGUCGUAAUGUGAUGUUCAUCAUGAUGGGCUGAAUGUCAUGUAUGCCAUAUUUUGUCUUUCAUUCACACUUCAGUUUGUGCCAUGUGUGUUUGUUUUUUUUUUGUUUUUUUAUUAUAAAGCAUGCAUAUCACUACUUGUUACAGGUUAGGCUUUUCUGUAUUUGCUUUGUUGGUUUAAUUCAAAGUCGAAAUGAGUUAAUUGAUUUUUUUUCUUGCUUGUUUUGUUGUUUUUGUUACUGGUUUUCCAUGUUACACUAAAACCUCAUAUAAUUAAUUGCCUACUAAGUGUAUUCAUAGACAACAUAACAUUUGAAAUUUUGUUACUGAUGUGAAAAAAAAGCAUAUGUAGCUUGCGGAGUGAUGAAUGUUCAGACUCCUCCGCUCAUGAAAACUGAAAGCACAAAAAUACAUUUGCUGUUUUCUUUAUUUAUUGAUUUUGCAUUUGAAAUUUGUGUUUGUGAUUGUUCCAUCUGUCACUGGCUGCAGGGUAUUUUGUACAUCUUGUUUUCCUGCAUUGUUUCUUAUGCUUUAGUUGUAAUUUAAUGUUGUGUUACUGGGCACCCAGUAACUCCCUCAGGUGUGCUGUGAUUUGGUUUUGAGUUUCCAUCUCUCUCUGGAUGUUUUUGUUCCUGCUCUGGUGAUUUCUAUCCCUGCCCAGUGGUCCUGAAGACCGAGUGUCCUUGGUGCUGCAAAAUCACUUGUUCACCUGUGUUUCUUUUUAUUGAUAAAUCCUAAAAUUGACACUCUGUAAUGAAGAUGAGUAUGAGUGUGCAUGCACCUGUUUCUUCUGCUUUUCUCUGAUCAGUAUAGGAGAAACUUCAAUUCAUAAAUCCAUCCAUUUUUGCAACA